AUGAACAACCAAGCGCUGCAACUUCAACGUCAAGGGGACUUUCAAGCGGCAGAGCGUGUCUAUCUUCAGGCCAUACAGGUCAAGGAGGCUGGUCUGGGUACAGAGCACUUCACGACUGCGGUCUCGUACAAUGGUCUCGGGGAACUCUACCUCAAGAUGGACCGUCUCGACGAGGCAGGAGAAUAUCUCAACAAGGCACUGCGUAUCCGCAGCGUAUCCGGACCCAAGGUCGAUCUCGCAUACACCCGGGACAAUCUCGGGAGACUUCAUGAAAUGAGAGGCGACUUGGAGGCGGCUCAAGAUAUCCGUCUGCAAGGCGCCCCUGAAGACAACAUCGCAUGCAGCAAUUAUGCUUGCGCAAACCUAUCCAACAAACUGAGCGCCCUAUCGCAAUGCACCGUCUGCAAGGCCAUCUACUACUGCUCGAAGCCGUGCCAGAUGGCGGAUUGGAAGCGGCACAAGAAGUUCUGCCGCCGUGUCGACGGCUCAGCCACAAAGGCCUAG